GUAGAAGCAACUGCUGAGGGAAUACGACGUAGAAGCUGCAAGUGCGAUUGUUUGGGUCUUGCAUCACGCUGCAAAUCUCAAUCUAGUGUGAAUUCACUCUACGAAUAUAAAGUGAGAUCUUCGUGAGUUCAGAGGCAAAAUGAGCAGAUACAGAGCAACGUUGAUACCAAAAUUAUUUUCCCACUGGUGGGAGACCCUGGAACGUCCGCAUCGUUUGAUGGAUCAGCGAUUCGCCAUCAAACCCACGCAUUUCUUCGAGCCUUCGUUCUUCGACCGAAGAUUUCCGUUCGAGAGGGCAAUUACCGAAAACUUGCGAUCAUGGAACGAGUUUGUGCGCGAGUUUCAGCGCGACUGCGAGAACGGAUGGUCCGUCGUGAAGAACGACAAGAAUAAAUUUCACGUGUGCCUCGACGUGCAACAAUUCAAACCCGAUGAGAUCACUGUCAAAGUGUUGGAUGAUUUCGUCGUCGUGGAAGGAAAGCAUGAAGAAAAAGAAGAUGAGCAUGGCUCGAUUUCUAGACAUUUUAUCAGGAAAUACAUGGUUCCAGAGCAAUGUGAUUCAGAGAAGUUAACGAGUACUCUCUCGUCGGAUGGUGUACUUACGAUCACUGCACCAAGAAAGCCUGAAGCUGAAGAAGCCAGAAAAGAAAGAGUUAUUAAUAUUGAACAUACCGGGAAAUCCGCCGUAGAAGACGAUCCAGAAAUAAAACAAGGGGAUAAAAAAUAAAUGAGCUUUGUAAAAUUAUUAGCGUAUUGAUUAUUCACGUACAUGUAACGUUAUUAUAUAUACGUACAAGUUAUAUACGUAUUUUACAUGUAUUGCUGAAAAUCAUUAAGUUUAUUUAAUAAAAGUUUGUAAAUAUGUAAGAUAAAAGUCUUUAAAUAAAUAAAUACACAU